AUGGAUCCUGGCAGAGACUUUAAAGCCGGCGAGCGAGCGAGCAAGGGGCGCGCGGCGGCGGUGGCGGCGGCGGCGCGCGACCCAGGGCGUCCCACAACCCGGUUCUCCCCGCCCGCAGCCCCGGGUGCUGCAGAGUCGUCUGGGGCAGUUUCGGGGCUGGGGGCCGCUCCGGACGGGUCUCGGAGAGAGGGAGGAGAGCGACUGCCUUCGGGACCGGCGAGUCUCUGCCAGAUUCCAGUCCUGCGAGUUCUUAAAGACGCCGCGCUGCGUGCGGGCUUGGCGAGGUUUCCCCCGUCCCCGUCUGCGUUGCUCGCGUAUCCGAGACUUGGGAGGCCCUGGCUCCGGUUUGAGGAGAGGAGGGGGCGGCCUGCUGCCUUUACAGGGCGAGGAGGUUUCAUGUUGGGUUUCUUCGCCCUGGCAGCACCGCGGUGGGGCGCGCCCUUCCCGCCCCCUGCUCACUCCCUGCUCGCGCCCCCAUCCCGGCGAAUGCCCCUGCCUGGAAACAAAGCCAAGCGGCCUUCGCACUCGGGCUCCGCGUUGGGGUUUAAUUUCUUUCUUUCUUUUUUUUUUUCUUUUUGGGCUUCCUUUGGUCUUGUUCCCGGCCAGGGAGAGGUGGGGGAGGGGAGAAAUAUCGAUCCUAGGCUUGGAAAAACCAGCCCUUUCGAGUCCCACACACCCUUUCCCCGCGCCACGGUGGAUCAGUGGCGGAGUUUUCCCAACUCGCCGCUCCACGGGAGGAGGGAAGGUUCCCGCACCACAGCCUGCUGGUGGGGAGGGUGCAGGAAGUGCGCCUCUAACCCCUGGCUGGGUGAAAGCUGCACCGCGGGGCAGGACCGAUUUCCUGGCAGCUACCCCGGGGAGCGGCAACCACUUCAGCAAUCGUGGAGAGGCGUCCGGGGGAAAUGGAAGACUGGGCUUAUCUGUAAUGAGUUUUGUCCCUUGGCUCUUGUAAAUGCAUUCCAGUUUCCUUUGUGCUAAUCUCCCCAGAUGGUCUU